AUGGCGCCGCCGAAGCAGGCGACCUUGGGGUAUGUGAAGGGUCAGAGCACUUUGGGGAAAUUCUUUGGUGUGAAGAACCCGGCACCACAACAGCAGACGAAGCUUACAUUUGCGACGAAAGCCCGUGCUGUGGAGGGGGGCGACGAGGAUGCGAGUGCGAAGGAGAAUACAGAUCCCGAUAAUGGUGAGUCUCUAUUUAACCGCGACGCUAAUAAUACCGCUAUGAAACAGGGGAUCGCUGACGUGAGCUGGUUAGAUUCUAAGAAGCGAGCCCGUGUGCCAAGUCAAAAUAGUACCGUAAAACCCGAAGACGACGAGGACGAUGGACCUGUGGUGAAGCGAGUGAGAAGAAGUAGAGUUAAGGUCGAGGAAGACGAGGAUGAUGAGCCUGCCCAGUCGGUGCCCAAGAAAGAAGAUAAUGUCAAGGAUGUGACAAUCAAACAAUCUGUCGAAGAGGUUCCCAAAAUGGAAGGAGACGCCAAAGAUGUAAAAAUCAAGAAAAAGAGCCAGAGUCCGGAUCCCGACCGCAAGCCCCUCAAGACGGCAGAUGAUGGGUUCAAAGAAGAGGCGGCUUCAGAGUCUGGCUCAGAGGCUGAAGAAGAUGCAGACGUCGAUGAGAAGCCAGAAGUUGCUGCAAAGGCAAGGGAAAAGGUGCAAACACAGCUCCAGUCCAAGACUGCUCAGCACCCUUAUCCUGAUUGGCAACCAGGUAGCCCUGUUCCAUAUGCAGCACUAUGCCAAACAUUCUCAUUAAUUGAGAUGACGACGAAGCGAUUGAUCAUUAUGGGGCAUUGCUCGCUGUUUCUCCGGCAAGUUAUGCGACUCACCCCGGACGAUUUGCUCCCUACGGUUCUUCUCAUGAUCAACAAACUUGCACCUGACUAUGCUGGAAUUGAGCUCGGUAUUGGUGAGUCUCUCAUCAUGAAGGCUAUUGGUGAGACUACUGGGCGAAGCUUGCAAAUAAUCAAGGCGGAUCAAAAAGAGAUUGGUGAUUUAGGUCUCGUGGCAGUCAAGAGUAGAUCUACGCAGCCAACCAUGUUCAAACCCAAGCCGCUUACGGUAAGAGGCGUGCACCAGGGUCUGAUGAACAUUGCUACUGUUACUGGUAACGGUGCUCAGGGCCGAAAAGUCGACGGCAUCAAGAAGCUCUUGUCUGCUGCCGAUGCCUACUCUACUGCCAAGGCAGACAUUACCAAGGACAAGGGCGGCCCAAGUGAAGCCAAGUUUAUCAUCAGGUUCCUCGAAGGCAAGCUGAGAUUGGGUCUUGCCGAAAGAACCGUGCUGGUUUCUCUUGCCCAGGCCAUCGUCUGCCAUGAGGCUGGGCAAAAGGGCAAGGUUCCCAGCACCACCGACAUGGAGAAUGGAGAAUCUAUUCUCAAGACGGUGUAUAGUGAGCUGCCUAGCUACGAUGCCAUCAUUCCAGCAGUUCUUUCGCAUGGGAUCAUGAACCUGAGAGAAUGCUGUAAGCUGCGUCCUGGCGUGCCCCUGAAGCCCAUGUUGGCGAAACCCACAAAAGCCAUUACCGAAGUACUCGAUCGAUUCGAGGGUCAAAAGUUCACUUGCGAGUACAAGUACGACGGCGAGCGAGCUCAAAUUCACUACGUCGCCAGGGAUUCAGAUCAGGACAUUUUCUCCAGAAACUCGGAAGAUUUGUCCAAGAAAUACCCCGAUAUCCUCGCCAAGCUGCACACUUGGGUCAAGAAUGACACCAAGAGUUUUGUGUUGGACUGUGAGACGGUAGCCUGGGAUGUCUCUGAGAAGAAGGUGCUCCCGUUCCAGCAGCUCAUGACACGAAAGAAAAAGGACGUCAAGCUGGAAGACGUCAAGGUCAAAGUAUGCGUGUUUGCCUUUGACUUGCUGUAUUUGAACGGUCUCCCCGUCGUGGAGAAGUCGCUGCGUGAAAGACGAGAGCUGCUCCAGCAGUCCUUUGCGCCAGUCGAGGGUGAAUUUGCGUUUGCGACCUACAUGGAUGGCCAGGAACUAGAUGAGAUCCAACUCUUUCUGGAUGAGAGCGUCAAAGCCUCAUGCGAAGGCCUGAUGGUCAAGAUGCUGGACGGAACUGAAAGUGGAUAUGAGCCCAGCAAACGCAGUCGGAACUGGCUCAAGGUAAAGAAGGACUAUCUCGCCGGCGUAGGCGAUUCGCUAGACCUCGUCGUUCUCGGCGCAUACUACGGCCGGGGAAAACGAACAUCCGUCUACGGCGCGUUCCUGCUCGCGUGCUAUGACCCGGCCAACGACACCUACGAAACCGUCUGCAACAUCGGCACCGGCUUCUCGGAGCAAGUCCUCGAAGAACUGCACGCCCAGUUGUCCGAAAUCGUCAUCGACCGCCCCAAGCCAUUCUACUCGCACUCCGCGGGCGGCCAGCACCAGCCGGACGUGUGGUUCGAACCCCGCUACGUCUGGGAGGUGAAGACGGCCGACUUGACGCUCAGUCCGCGGUACAAGGCUGGCUGCAAGGAGGGCGUCGACCCGGCGGGCGACAAGGGCAUCAGUCUGCGGUUCCCGCGGUUCAUUAAGAUCCGCGACGAUAAGAAGCCGGAUGAGGCGACGAGCAGCAGGCAGAUUGCCGAAAUGUAUAGGAAGCAGGAGAGCGUGACGAAGAAUAAGGGGCCCUCCGUGGAUGAUGAUUUCGAGUACUGA